AUGGCGCAUUUAAGAGGGAACGACUGGAGAGGCUUAUCAGGUCUUCCAGGUCUUCCAGGAGACGACUGUGACCCCAUUCCAGGUCCGCCAGGCUUGCCAGGUCCUUCGGGGUUAAAGGGAGAUAGAGGCUUCGACGGCAGGGACGGACCUAAGGGAAAUCAGGGACUGCCAGGUCGCCCUGGUAUCGACGGCUUGCCAGGUCCCAUCGGCGACAAGGGCAGUUCAGGUCCGCCAGGUUUCCCAGGUCCCGCAGGACUUAAGGGGAGUAAGGGAGAACCAGGUUUCCCUGGGAUUAAGGGCGAGAGAGGAUUUAAUGGACAGGAUGGUCUCCCUGGCGCUCAGGGCGAAAAGGGCGACCAGGGCUUCCCCGGCGCCCCAGGCCAGCCCGGAAUCGACGGGCUGAAGGGCACGCAGGGCCUGCCCGGGCCGAGGGGCCCCGUGGGCGUGCCGGGCGUGACCAUGAAGGGCGAGAAGGGGCUGCCCGGCCUGCCUGGCAAGCCGGGGCGCAACGGCUUCGACGAGCCUGGCCCUAAGGGCGAGCUCGGCUUCCCUGGCCUUCCGGGGCAGAGGGGCGCGCCCGGCAACCCCGCGCCGCCGGGUCUGCCUGGGCCCAAGGGCGACAGGGGCUCCGAGGGGCAGCCGGGCCUGCCAGGGGCAGGACGGGCGGCCUGGGCCCGUGGGCGAGAAGGGCUUCCAAGGCCUGCCCGGGGAGAAGGGCCUGCCGGGCCCCCCCGGGCUGCCCGGCGCAGCUGGACUCAAGGGCGACGUAGGGCCCGUGGGGCCCCCGGGGCUGCCGUGCCCCCCGGGAGCCAAGGGCGAGAAGGGCAACAGCGGCCUGCCAGGCCUCCCGGGCGAGAAGGGCAUCCCCGGCCCAAGGGCUUCGCCGGCAUCCCCGGCCUCGUCGGCCGCCCAGGCGCCCCGGGCUCGAAGGGCGACCCCGGCCUGCCCGGACCCGCAGGGCGCCCCGGCAUCCCGGGAACCAAGGGCCAGAGGGGCCUGCCGGGCCCCCAGGGCCCCAUCGGCCCCGUCGGGCCCAUCGGCAGCCCGGGCAUGGACGGCAUGCCCGGCGAGAAGGGCCAGCGCGGCUCGACCGGCCUGCCCGGGCCCGAGGGACCCAGGGGCAUGAAGGGAGACAGGGGCUUCGACGGCGCCCCCGGACUGCCGGGCACGCGAGGCUUCGAACGGCAACAAGGGAGAGCCAGGGAGAGCCUGCUCGGAACAAGAACAGUAUUUCUCUGGCACUCUGAUCGUCAGGCACUCUCAGACGUCGAUAGUGCCAAGCUAUAUCUGGUAUCUUAA